AUGGAAGAGAAAGUUGCUGUUCAUUCGAAACACAUCGAUCUUUACGGAAAUGUCUUCGACUUACCGGACUUCACCAUGAAGCAGAUCCAUGAUGCUAUUCCAGCACAUUGCUUUCGGCCUUCGACUCCCAGGAGCCUGGCAUACGUUAUGCGAGACUACCUGUACCUCGGGAGUCUGAUGUAUUUCACAUAUAUCUCUGUACCGAUGCUAUCGUCCGUGUAUCUUCGCGCAGUAUGCUAUGGCCUAUAUACUGUGUUAGCAGGAAUGGUAAUGACUGGAAUCUGGAUUCUUGCCCAUGAAUGCGGCCACGGCGCCUUCAGCAUCUCCAAAACGCUCAACAAUACUAUGGGUUUCUUCCUCCAUUCGUCUCUCUUAGUACCAUACUACAGCUGGAAGAUAACGCAUUCUCAUCAUCACAAGGCGACGGGAGAUCUCCAGCGCGAUACGGUCUUCGUACCUCAUAGCAGAGAGUACUGGGUCAAACACAACCUCGGCCAGGAUGCAGAUCCAUUGACUGUGGGACAUCUUUCAGAGGAUGCGCCGAUCAUCACCCUAUGUCAUUGCGUUCUCCAUCAACUGUUUGGAUGGCCGUGGUAUAUGCUGGACAACCUCAGUGGUCAGAAGAGCCAACGAGGGUUUCCGUACUAUAGCCACUACUGGUUUGGGAAAGGUAGCGCUAUUUUCAAAGCUUCGGAACUUUCGCUGGUCUUGCUCAGCGAUGUGGGAGUUUUGGUGAUGACGGGCUUGCUCUACCUGGGUGUUAAGGCCCUUGGAUGGUGGACGAUGUUGACAUUCUACGGUGUUCCAUAUCUCUGGCUGAACCAUUGGAUAGUCCUCAUCACCUUCCUCCAACACACCGACGGAAGCUUACCUCAUUUCACUCACUCCCAGUGGACUUUUGCGAGAGGUGCUGCAGCUACCAUCGAUCGCGAUUUUGGAUUUGUCGAUACCCACUUCUUCCACAACAUCGUGGGAACUCAUGUGGUCCACCAUCUCGUAUCCUCCGUUCCGUUCUACCAUGCGCAGGAAGCGACAGAAGCGGUCAAGAAAGUGAUGGGGAAGCAUUAUCAUGUAGAUAGGGCCACCCCCUUAAUGGCUGCCUUCUGGAAAAAUCAGCGAGACUGCCAAUUUGUGGAGGAGAGUGAGGGUAUGGAAGGAUCAGGGGUUUUUAUGUUUCGGAAUCUCCACGGGAGAGGUGUGAAGCCUCGUGACCUUCGCGUUGGCGAGACCAUGACAACUUGGUGCGGUAGUAGCUCUCAAAAUCUUUAG